AUCAAAUUAUAUGAUCAGAACGUGUUGAGAGUAAUUAUUCAGACAUGAGUGUCGAGCCGUUUAAUCGGUUGGUCAAGCUUGCUGCGCGGGCAUUUUACGAUGACAUUGCCAUGAAAGGUGAUAACCAGCCGAAGACUGGUAGGAGCGAUAACAGGGGAAUGGCUGUGGUGGUCCUCGACGCUCUCACUAGACGGCAGUGGGUCAGAGAAGAAGACUUGGCAAAGGAUUUAAAGCUGCACUCUAAACAACUUCGCCGCACCUUGCGAUUUUUUGAAGAGGAAAAGUUAAUAACCAGAGAUCAUCGAAAAGAGACAGCCAAAGGUGCAAAGAUAUAUAAUGCCGCUGUAGCUGCCACUAGUGAUGGUCAAAUUGGGAGAGAGGGAGAAGAAAAGAUUAAGCUGCACACCCAUUCAUACUGUUGCUUAGAUUAUGCACAGAUACAUGAUGUUGUGAGAUACAGACUGCAACGAAUGAAGAAGAAACUAAAAGAUGAACUAGAUAACAGGAACACCGUUCAGGAGUACAUAUGCCCUGAUUGUGGGAGAAGAUAUAAUGCUUUGGAUGCUCUACGACUGAUUUCCCCAAACGAUGAGUUUUUUCAUUGUGAAAAAUGCGACAGUGAACUUGUUGCUGAAAGUGACAAGUUAGCUGCCGAAGAAAUGGGAGAUGGAGAUGACAAUGCAAGGAGGAGGAGGCGUGAAAAGUUGAAGGAUAUGCUUCAAAAAAUGGAGGUACAGCUAAAGCCAUUGAUGGAACAACUUUCUAGAGUAAAGGAUUUAUCUGUUCCUGAAUUUGGCGGUCUCCAAGCAUGGGAAGCUAGAGCUAGUGCUGCUGCCCGUGCGAAUGGUGAUUCUGCUGCCAAUGAUCCAUCUAAAGGUUCUCAGGGGCAAGGAUAUGGUGGAACGCCAAUGCCGUUUCUUGGAGAGACAAGGGUUGAAGUUGCGCUCUCUGGUGUUGAAGUCAAGGAAGAGGAUACCAAAGCUGAUGCUGGAACUAAUUCUAUGAAAGUUCUGCCUCCUUGGAUGAUCAAGCAAGGCAUGAAUCUUACAAAAGAGCAACGUGGAGAAAUCAAGCGGGAUUCGAAGAUUGACAAUAGUUCAGCACCCAUGUCUGAUGACAAGAAGUCCAAAGUUGAUGAAAAAGAGGAUGAAAAGAAUAUACAAGAUGAGUAUGUUAAAGCUUAUUAUGCCGCUAUUCUAAAGCGGCAACAGGAGCAAGAAGAAGCUACCAAGAGGCAAGAAGAAGAACUGGAAAACAAAAGUAAUGCCUCAAAUGAUGUCAUUGAUAUACCUAAUGGUCGUGAAGUUGGGAUGAAAUCAAAACGAGAUGUGUAUGAGAGGGAAGAUGGUGUUGAAUGGGAAGAGGCUCCAACUGCAGGUAGAUAUUUACAAACCUUUAUUACCCAUUUUCCAGUUUUUAUUUCUCUUUUUGGAGAUGAACAACCCGGCCUAUCUUUGUGCACCCUUUCGAUACCAUAUUUACUCUUAUCAGAGGGAGAGAGCUGA